UAAAGGUGUAAGGCUUGGCUGUCAUGAUGCACGUUUGCUUUACAGCCACAUUAUCUACGUGACAAUACGUGACAUUACAAUACCGUCACGUUACCGUUGACAUCCCUAGAGCCUACCUACCUCUACUCUCCCCACAGCACGAUCACCGCCACGACCCUCACCAUGGCGACUUCCGGUGAUCCCCCCUCGGCCUCAAUGGUACUGGUCCCAGCCGGCAGCGAAGUCGCCGACGUCAACCAAUUGACGCGCGAAAAAUAUGUGAAAGACGACAAGAUCGGCGAAGGAACGUACGCUAUCGUGUACCGGGCGCACGUGCGAGCGACGGGGCAACCCGUGGCCAUCAAGAAGAUCAAGAUCUCGUCGCAGUCGGAGGGGAUAUCGAUGGACUCGCUGCGGGAGAUAAAGCACCUGCAGGAGCUGCGCCACCAGAACAUCGUGAAUCUCCUGGACGUGUUCGUGGGCAAGAGCCACAACAUCCAUGCCGUGCUGGAGUUCCUGGCCGGUGACCUCGAGGGCAUCAUCAAAGAUACUAGCUGUGUCUAUGGCUCGGGCGAUAUCAAGAGCUGGAUGGCAAUGAGCCUGCGCGGGCUGUGGUGGUGUCAUAGGAAUUUCGUUUUGCACAGGGAUAUCAAACCUAACAACUUGUUAUACACGAUGUCGGGCAUUCUCAAGAUCGCCGAUUUCGGACUCGCGCGGUCCUUCGCCGACCCGCACGCCAACAUGACGCACCAGGUAGUGACGCGGUGGUACCGGCCGCCGGAGCUGUUCUACGGCGCGAAGCACUACGGCGCCGCCAUCGACAUCUUUUCCAUGGGGGCGGUGUUCGCGGAGCUGGUGCUGCGCGCGCCGUACCUGCCCGGCAGCACAGACCUGGCACAGCUCGAGGUCAUCGUUACCGCCCUCGGCCAGCCGAGCGAGCAGAAUUGGCCCGGCGUCACGAAGCUGCCGCAGUACUGCGUUACGAACGAUGCCAUGCCCCCCGAGGUCGACCUGCAGGGUAUGAAGCGACAGUUUCAGAGCAUGAGCAUGAGUGGCCUGCAGCUGCUACAUGGCAUGCUGCGCCUCGACCCGCGCAAGAGGGUCACUGCUAGGGACGCUCUCGAGAGCGAGUGGUUCCGCGAAGAACCCAUGCCGACGAAGCCGCAUGACCUGCCGGGGAAGAAGGGCAAGGAGGAGCAGGAGAAGGUCGGGCAGGAUCUGAAACGCAGGGCGGGAUACGAUGAUGUGCUUAAUGGCGACGAGCUGAUCGCGGACCGCGGGAAGAAUGUGGCCAGACGAUUGGAUUUUGGUGGGAUGUAAUUGCUAUAUGCUGCGCGUACGGGUACAUAGGUGGGGCGUUGGGGAUUUGUUGGCUUUCAUUUGCAUUGGUCUUGCUGCGGCGCGUGUAUAAAUUGUAGGUAAUCCUUGGGUUGCAGUGACGUUCGAGAAGUUCACGCGGUUGAUGUGAACCAUCAUGUCAGCGCACUUGAUCGGUCUGUAGGUAUGGCACCUUGCUGCAGUCCACGGGGGCCUUGAGGCCUGGCCUGGAAACCAGAGAUAAUCACAUAGUAUCACUCAACAUCCAUAGCCAUUCUCACUCCUCAAUUCCUGUCGUCCAGAGCUUCGCUGCUCGGUGGUCUGUGGGGUAGGUAUCCUUUGCGCUAACCCAACCAGCCACACCAGCCACACGCGACACCAAGC